AGAUGUUCUUCAGUUGGUUGGAGAAAGAAAGAAGGAAAGCAAAGUAGACGAGUGAUUGCGUUGCGAUUGACGACGACGAGGAAUCAUGUCUUCCGGCGGCGGCGGUGGUAAGCCGUUCUUCUGCCACGUGUGCAGUCAGAGGAUUACGUGCUCCGAUGAGUCGGAACCAUUCUGCCCGAUGUGUAUGGAAAGUUUCGUAGAAGAAUGCAACCCUAACAAUCCCAACCCUAAUCUCUUCCCCGACAGUGAUGAAUCUUCGGAUCCCGAACUCCCCUUCCACCGCUUCUCACUUCUCCCUCUCUUGCUCUCAUCAGUCUCUAGGUCCCGAUCCGAACCCGACGUGUUCGACCCGAUGGUCUUCCUCCAGAACCACCUUCAGGACCUUCGCGCCGACGGUGCCAACAUUCAAGUUGACUUUGACCAUCCUUCCAACGAGAAUCAAGGCUUUCGCCUUGCGAACAUCGGCGACUACUUUAUGGGCCCCGGCCUCGAGCAGUUUAUUCAGCAGCUUGCCGACAACGACCCCAACCGCUACGGAACGCCGCCCGCCGCCAAGGACGCCGUCGAGAAUCUCCCCACCGUUACCGUCGACGACGACUUGCUGAACUCCGAGCUGAACCAGUGCGCUGUCUGCCAGGACGAGUUCGAAAAGGGUUCUAAGGUGACACAGAUGCCCUGCAAGCACGCGUAUCACGGCGACUGCUUGAUUCCGUGGCUUCGGCUGCAUAAUUCAUGCCCUGUGUGCCGCUAUGAAUUGCCCACGGACGACGCCGAUUACGAGAACGAGGUUCACGGUGGUGAUGCUGGGUCGAGGACAGGUGGGAGCGACGGUGGAGGUGGGAGUAAUAGACCUUUUCGCAGGACUGUUAGGAUAUAUUUGCGCCAUCCUGAUGCUGGUGACUCUGCGCAGGACGGUGCUGAAAGGGAAUGGAGAUGGGGAAGUUGAGAUUGAAAUUUAUGUUUUGUUUCAUGUUGAAAAACUGGAAACUAUCUUGUGCAGCUCUGAGAUUCUGUGAAUAGAUUGUAGCAUUGCAAUGUUUACAGAAGUCCUUGUGAGGAAUGCAAGAAAUGUUAUUUCCCGUGGCAAGGAACUUUGUUCGAUCAAAGGUCUUUGUUUGUUAUGGUAGUAGAUAGCUGGAACAUGGGAAUGCACGAAAACACAACUAUUGAGAUUUUAGGUACUGUGUUAAUGAGCGUUGAUAAGAAACUUCCCGUUACUUUUGUACAGAUCAUCUUCCAAACAUCCAAUAUUGAUUAUCGUCCUUUUGUACAAUAUGAACUAGUCAUGGUCUAUAUUGCUCCUGUGUGUGUGUAUAAAACGUUUUAAUUUAGAAAAAUGUUCUUUUGACCUAUUUAGAAAAGGUUUAAUGUUACUUUUGAUUCA